UUUUAGCCCUGUAAUUCUGCUGGUGGUCUGCAUCACAGUUGCUGCUGUCAAUGGAAACAGUGAAGGAGAUGUGCUAGCUAACUGGAAAACAAUGCUAAAUGACCCAAACAUGUGCUGCAGAGUUGGGAUCCAACCUUGGUCAAUCCAUGCACUUGGUUUCAUAUCACAUGCAACAGCCUUGACAGUGCGGUGAGAGUGUUGGGUUUAUAGUAGACCGGCCCACACGGGCCGCGAGUCAGAUAAUGUAUAGACAAAUAGAGGAGCAGUAUAGGGGAGGAAGCAAAGAGAAACUGAAUCCAACAUGAUUUACCAUUACCAUAUUGGAUAUAGUGACUUGGGCAACGCUGGACUUUCAGGAGCUCUUUCACCUGAUCUAGCUCAGUUGACUAAUCUUCAGUACUUGGAAGUGUAUGAAAACAACUUCACAGGGGAAAUCCCUUCAGAAUAUGGUAAUUUAACGAGUUUGAUAAGCUUGGAUCUUUACAAUAAUCAACUUUCUGGAUCAAUUCCUAUCAGUUUUGCCAAUUUGCAGUCUUUAAGAUACUUGAGACUUAAUAGUAAUGCUCUAAGUGGUGAUCUGCCAGCUGAGAUCCUCGAGCUUGUGUUGUGGGGUAAUCUCCAAGUCUUGAAUGUUUCAGAGAAUUUCUUGAAUGGACGUGUUCCAUCCACAUCAUCAAGAGGUUCAUUCAACUUUUUUAAUUUCUUAAUUUUUCCCUUUUCUCAUACUAAUUUUGUUGACCUCAAAGAUUAAAUGCAUACAUUUCUUUUCUUAUUUUUCAAGGGUUGGCAAUCAGCACCAUCAUACAGGACCGUAGAGCUUCAUAAAUCAGUUACAGUGCAAUAGACGCAACAGUUAUUAUGCAAUGGUGUUAGUAAUUAGUGCUGCAUAUGAAUAAAAGUGAAAUAAUUUGCUUGACUAAUGAUUUUUUCAUAUAAGCAAAUGUUAUAUGUA